CUUCUUUCAUAAACAGCCUCGUACCUUUUCAAAUACUGAUAGAGCCUCGACUGGCUGCUGGACAUUGAGGUGAAAACAUGUCCAUUACAGGAUUUUCAGCAUAUGUGUGCUUGUUUUUUGCCUGCUGCUUCUGCUGCAGCAAAGCCAUGCCAACUAAAGUCAACCAGGAGGCUGUGAACGACAGGCCUGUGAUCGGUGUUUUGACUCAGAUAGUCACAGAUGAAAUCUUGAAACCAUUUGGGAGGACGUUCAUACCUGCCUCAUAUGUGAAAUUCGUUGAGUCUGGGGGCAGCAGAGUGAUGCCCAUCAGAUUGACUCUAACUACCGCUGAAUAUGAGGAUAUCUUCAGUAAGAUAAAUGGCUUGCUCUUAAUCGGGGGAGCAGCAGAUUUGGAGACGUCAGACUUUGCCAGGGUGGCGAAGAUUUUCUACACAUUUGCUCUAAAGGCAAACGAUGAGGGCGACUUCUUCCCCAUCUGGGGCACAUGCAUGGGUAUGCAGCUUCUGACCGUAUUGGUGGCUGGUCAAAAUCUGCUCACAAAGACCACAGCUGAGAACUUAGCGCUGCCCCUCAACUUAACCGAAGAGGCCGGCUCUAGUAGGAUGUUUGAGGGUUUCCCAGACGAGCUGAUGAGGGCUCUGACCCGGGAGCCUCUGACUGGCAAUUUUCACCACUAUGGCCUCGCAGUAGAGACCUUCCAUGAAAACGAGAAGCUGCAGAGUUUUUUCUCUGUGCUGUCUACAAACGUUGCUGAGAACGGAGUCCAGUUUGUCUCGACUAUCGAAGGUAAAAAAUAUCCUUUCUAUGGAGUCCAGUGGCACCCAGAGGUGAAUCGUUUUCAGUGGAACAGAAAGCUGAACUUUCCUCACUCCGCUCACGCUGUGCAGUUAUCUUCUCUGCUGGCUGAGUUUUUUGUCAAUGAAGGAAGGAGAAGUUUACAUCAGUUUGACAAUCCUGAGGAAGAGGCCUCGUCAUUGAUUUACAACGACACGCCUGUCUAUGCUGCAAACUUCACAGGAUAUGAGCAACUCUACUUCUUCUAAACGUCCCUGUCAUGUGUGUCCCUCUUUGAACGUACAGCACUUUACGCGGCCUAUGGUGGUUUUAACCACAGCUGGGCCUCUAAACAAAUACUUGUAUAUGCUGUUAUUUCUUUUAAAGUGCUUAUUUGCUUAAAUAAAGUCAGAUAUUUUUCA